CUUUGGCGGCGGCGGCGGCGGCGGCGGCGGGGGAAGAUGCUGCAGUCCCUGGCCGGCAGCUCGUGCGUGCGCCUGGUGGAGCGGCACCGCUCGGCCUGGUGCUUCGGCUUCCUGGUGCUCGGCUACCUGCUCUACCUGGUCUUCGGCGCCGUGGUCUUCUCGUCGGUGGAGCUGCCCUACGAGGACCUGCUGCGCCAGGAGCUGCGCAAGCUGAAGCGGCGCUUCCUGGAGGAGCACGAGUGCCUGUCGGAGCAGCAGCUCGAGCAGUUCCUGGGCCGCGUGCUGGAGGCCAGCAACUACGGCGUGUCGGUGCUCAGCAACGCCUCGGGCAACUGGAACUGGGACUUCACCUCCGCGCUCUUCUUCGCCAGCACCGUGCUCUCCACCACAGGUUAUGGCCACACUGUGCCCUUGUCAGAUGGAGGUAAGGCCUUCUGCAUCAUCUACUCGGUCAUCGGCAUCCCGUUCACCCUCCUGUUCCUGACGGCAGUGGUCCAGCGUGUCACCAUCCAUGUCACCCGCAGGCCUGUCCUCUACUUCCAUGUCCGCUGGGGCUUCUCCAAGCAGGUGGUGGCCAUCGUCCACGCCGUUCUCCUCGGGUUUGUCACCGUGUCCUGCUUCUUCUUCAUCCCGGCGGCCGUGUUCUCCAUCCUGGAGGAUGACUGGAACUUUCUGGAGUCGUUUUAUUUUUGUUUUAUUUCCCUGAGCACCAUCGGCCUAGGGGAUUACGUUCCUGGAGAAGGCUACAAUCAAAAAUUCAGAGAGCUCUAUAAGAUUGGGAUCACAUGUUACCUUCUGCUUGGCCUCAUUGCCAUGCUGGUAGUUCUGGAAACCUUCUGCGAACUCCACGAGCUGAAAAAAUUCAGGAAAAUGUUCUACGUGAAGAAGGACAAGGACGAGGAUCGAGUGCACAUCAUAGAGCACGACCAGCUGUCCUUCUCGUCCAUCGCAGACCAGGCAGCCGGCCCGAAGGAGGACCGGAAGCAGAACGAGCCUUUCGUGGGCCCUCAAUCCUCUGCCCACCCCGACGGCCCCGCAGGCAACUAAGGGCUUUGCCGUGUUGUCCGGGAGCAGCCGGGUGAGGGCAGUGAGCGAGACCCUUUGUCUUGUUUAUUUGUAUGAGAACGUAGACACCAAGAUAAGUAUUUUAACAAAUACCUACUGUCCAAAAUAUUUACAAAAAAACAAAAAACAAAAACAAAAAACAAACACACAAAAACCCCCCCCAAAAUAACAGAACAAAGGAAGCUUUUACUCUGGAGGACUAAUAUCCGAAGAAAUGGGAUGUGUACCUAUGAUUCCCAUGGGACAAAAUUACCUAGACUUUGCUAAUGGGUAAAGAAUACUUGAAGAAGUGUGCUGCGGUGGAGAGAAGUGGAUUUUAUAUUUUUAAUUGGGGAUUUGGGGAUUUGCAUUUAAAUUGUUUUAGCU